UGUAAAAUGACACAGCUAGAAUUUAAAUAUUUGAAUAAUUUAUUUCUAAAUUGUUAUUUUCUGAAGUAAAAAAAUCAUUGUAAUGCAUUUGAAAACUAUACUAAUCUUUUGUUCAUUUUGUUUUUUUACCGGAAUAAUAAGCGAGGGACUUAACGUAUUUCAAAUAAACCUCUUUGAAUACUUGAUAACGGAUUAUAAUAUUGGUAGAUCCAUUGAAAAAAUACAACAUGCAUUAUUUUGUCAUGAUAUCGAAGAGACUUACAAUGAUUAUAACCUUGAUGAUGAAAAAACUGUAAGAAUUUUCAAGAUUUUGAAUUUUUUGGUUAAAGUUAAUAAGACAAGCGAUAACAAAAAAGUUGAAAAACUUGGUAUAAAUGAGGUUCAAUUAAUCUCAAAUAUAUUCAGUUAUCUUGAUACAGACAACGAUUGCUUGAUAGAUACGAAACAAUUCAUUACAUUGAUUGACUAUUGUGUUUAUACUGUUAAUCUGGGUACAUUAGAUGCUACUGUACAUUCAUCAGAAGCUCAAGAACAUCAAAUUAGGGGUUAUCCAACAAUAAAAUUCUUCCCAUCAGGCACAUCUAGUUCUAGUGGAGCUGAAGAAUAUAAAGGUGGUCGAACAUCCAAUGAUAUUAUUAGCUGGGCAUUGCAGAAACAUCAAGAAAAUGUACCACCUCCUGAAGUUUUUGAGGUAGUAACACAGAACGAAAAUGACAAUGAAAAUCUCAAAAGUGUUGUAGUUAAUUUAAAGAAAGAAAUUUAUGAUGAAAAUGACAAACUACACAGUUUUAGUGAUGUACUGAUAAAAGUAUUAUUCUACAAGGCAAAAUUUAAUGAUAGAGACUUUGGUAAACGUUACAAUUUUGAUGCCUAUAAUAAUAUACUAUAUAAUAUUUCAGAAUUGUUUCCUCCAUCAUUGAUAUAUAAAUAUUAUUACCAAUUUUUUUAACUAUUAUUUAAAAUAUUCUACACUUAUAGAAAAUUGUAAUAAAAUCUUUUAUUGUAUUUCAUUAAUAUUUUAAAUAAAAUAAU